AUGAGCUCUCCGGGCGGGCCGGAAGUGGACCAAGAGUCGCCGGAGCGCCUGGCGGUGGUGCUGUACGCACUAGCGACGGGGAGGAGAUGCAAGAACGCGUGCAUCGCCGACUCGGGCAAGAGGGAACGGCUUCAAGUGGUGCGGGAGGAGAGCGCUUCGGGCGAGACUUUGACUGCGGGGCCCCUGGAUGUAGUGCAGCAGGAGCAGGAGGACGUCGAAGCAGGUGCUGCGGAGGCUGCGGUGCAGACGGAAGACCACAUCCCCGAGGAGACGACGAAGGAGAAGCCCGAGAAGGCCGCGACGAAGGAAGAGGCUCUUGCGACAGCAGCAAGGCGGCCGGCUUGUCCGCGGAUGCCAACGGCGCUGUGA